CUAGUUACACGUUGUCAUUGCCCGGGGCUGUCACUGCCACGGCGGGGCGGGCUACAGGCUGUCACUGCUCCGGGCUGGGGCGGAGGAGAGGCUGAAGGGAAGGUGUGUCUGCAUGGAGGAAGGCGGGUGGCGCGCGCAUGCCGGGACCACCUCCUAAUCCUUGGGUGACACCUGCCCCUUCCCCCUUUGGCGCCUGUGCCGUUGCCCCGCCUCCUUAUUGAUAUACAGCUGGCGGUGUCCCGGGCGGCCAAUCAGUGGCGGCAGCUCCUGAAUAUGGAAUGAGACUGGAGCUGCGGCCCUUGUCAUGCGGGCCCGAGCGACGAGGGAACAGCGCGGCAGGGAGCGGGGCACAAGAUGGCGACAGCCAUGUACCUGGAGCACUAUCUGGACAGUAUUGAAAACCUGCCCUGUGAUUUGCGAAGGAACUUCCAGCUGAUGCGUGAACUGGAUCAGAGAACAGAAGAUAAGAAAGCAGAAAUUGACAAUCUUGCAGCAGAGUACAUUUCAACAGUGAAGCACUUGUUGCCAGAGCAGCGUGUGGAAUACCUCCAGAAGAUUCAGAACGCUUAUUGUAAAUGUAAAGAGUACAGUGAUGACAAAGUGCAGCUAGCCAUGCAGACCUAUGAGAUGGUGGAUAAACACAUCCGACGGCUGGAUGCAGACUUGGCACGAUUUGAAGCAGAUCUGAAGGAUAAGUUGGAAGGCAGUGACUUUGAAAGCCCUGGAGGUCGAGGCCUGAAAAAGGGACGAAGUCAAAAGGACAAGAGAGGCUCCCGAGGUCGAGGCAGGCGAACAUCUGAAGAAGAUACUCCAAAGAAGAAAAAACUAAAAGGAGGUUCUGAGUUUGCUGAUACCAUCCUGUCUGUUCACCCCUCGGAUGUCCUAGACAUGCCAGUGGAUCCCAAUGAGCCCACUUAUUGCUUGUGCCACCAGGUGUCCUAUGGAGAAAUGAUUGGCUGUGACAAUCCUGAUUGUCCAAUUGAGUGGUUUCACUUCGCUUGUGUGGACCUCACCACAAAACCAAAAGGAAAAUGGUUCUGUCCCCGUUGUGUUCAGGAAAGGAAGAAAAAGAAGUAAGGAAGGGAAAUGUACACUGAAUCCAGAAGGAGUUUAAAAUAUUCUUUCUUACAUGUUGCAAUAUUAUCUUUGUUUUUGACCUACCUUCCUUCUUGUUUUGAUUUGAUAUUUAAUUGUCCAACAGCCAGUUGUAAUUCUUAUUUAAAAAGAUGACAACGACUUGGUGAGGGAGGGUAGGAUUUUUGAGAAAGUUGCCACAGGCAUUUUAUUUAAGUUAUUUUCACACAGCACUGACAGCUGUUACUAUGAAAUACUUGGAGCAGCCCACAGCUGGAAUUUUUGCUAAUGCAUUGGAAUCUGUGAAACCGCCUAAGGCAUUUCAGGGGAAUGAGAAAGCUACAUUUUCAGCAUGGGGGAUUGCCACUACCUAAAUAGUGUAGGCAUGAAGCUAUGCAUAAUGUAUAUGAAGGAUCUCUAUAUAACUGCAACCUGCAUGAAGUACAUUCAUACAUUUAGGAGUGAAGUCCAUUUUUUGUGUGUGUACAGUCCUGUAGCACUGAAGGCAACACGCAGGCCAGUAUCUUAUUUCCCCAAAGCAAAGUAUUAUAUGUAAUUUUGGUGAAGCAUGCUCUGUGUAUCUGAAGUUACACAUCUCUUCUUAUUGGGAAUUAUUUCUGUUUAAUUUUGCAUUGCUGCCUUUGGACUUGAUCCGGCUCCCACAUCCAGACCCCUCUUUUGAAUUCCUUUCUUCUCUCAUAAACAUUUGUCCAUUCUGGAGAAAAAUUAUUUUUAAGUAGCAAGAGAUCUGCCCUGGAUUGUGUCAUAGUGACAGUGGUAGCAAGAGCGAGUGCAGACCUUCCUGCCAACAUCGCAUUUUUCGGGAAAUGCUUUAAGUUCUUUACAGUGAAGACAAAAACCUAGUGUGGUGUUAUGAAGAUAGUGGGGUCAGAUUUACUCAUGAAAUAAAAUUAAGGCCUGUUUACAUUACUUAUCUCUAUGUUGCACUUUGGUAAAUAAUCAGGAAAACAAGUUUUAGGGGGAGAAUAAUAUUGUAAUAAGAUAUAGAUUCUUGUGAUGGUGCAUCAAACCUGAGAUGAAGUCAUUGACUUUAACCCUAUUGCAGUUUUUCUGAUUUUAAUCAGCAUCCAUCAUGAACCACUGCUCAUAAACAGAAGUUCACACAGCAGGAAUGUUUUAAAAGGGACAUCUUGCUUGUUUGGUGAGAAAUCUGCAUGCUUUUGAUUUGAGUUGCCUUUCAGGUUGACAGAUAAAGUGUGAAUCUUGCUAUCAUUAGAGUCUCAUACCCUACAGUGGAAGGAAGACAGAAAUCCAAGAGGAGGAAAAGAAAAUAUUCCAUAUAAGUCCCUUAUUCUCUUCCCCUCCUCCCUGACCUCUCCCUCAAUACUGAGCUAUGCUUGCUGUAGGAACUGAGAAGAGAGAUAAAGAUGGGUUUGUUACUUUUGUACUUCCCAUAUUCUGGGAUUCCACUACCUAUGGCCACAAGUGGCUGUAAUGGUGUAGCCCACUGUAUAGACCAUUGGAGUGUCAGAAAGGGGCUGCAGUAUAACAGAAUCAGGCCCACAGCAUUACAACAAAACAGAACAAUUAAUUCAAAAGACAGGCUUAUAUAGCACAAUUGUAGUUGAAAAAACAAAAAAGAUAGUCUUUGUUACAGGAGGACCAUUGAAUGGUGCCCUUUGUGUGCAUUUUGUGAUGCAAGAAUGUAAAACACAACUCCUGCUAAGUCUCCUUUCUUGCAGUCACACUAUUUGCAUUUGGCUUUAUAGGAGAUAGCAGUUAAACAAAAAUGUCAUAGAAAACCCCUCUUGGUAUCAGUGUAGUUAUCUGUGAAUGUAAUUUGAUUGUCACAUCAGCUGUGGAAAAAAGUGUCUCCGGAGUUCUGUAGUUUAAAAUGUGAUGUACAUAUCCCUAUUAUCACAUCAUUCCAUAUGGUAUAUAUGAAGUUUUCAUGUUCACAGGACUAUGUUUUUUUGCCAUUUUAAAAUAAACACACCAAAAAUAUGUGCAUAGAACUUAGCAACAGGUUGUUGGAGGGAAGUGGGGAGAAAGCACAAUUGCACAAAGCUGGAUCUGGGAAUGUAGUCAGCCCUUUUUUAUGUCUCAUUGCAGAGUGUAAGAAGUGGCUCUGCCUCUGUCUGGAGAGUAAACCUUUUCGCAAAUCAGCAUGUAGUAAAGUAGCCAGUGAAAAACCCAUACCUCAUUAUCCUGUUACACUGGAUUACAAGUAGGAGUGUCACUGUCUUGAAGAUUGUAAUAUUGAUGAAGAUUCAGGCUCCAUUUCCCCAUUCAUCCAAUGAUACAAUAUUGUAGGCAACACUUAUUUUUAAACAAUACUUUGUGAAAUAACUACCAUAAAUUGUAAUUGUUUGGUUAAAUUGAUUCUCAAAAGCCAACACAUCUCUUUGGAGGUGUUGCUGCAUAACCAAGAAGUUACAGAUCUAUCAGUGCAAAGCUGAUUACCAUAAACUUAGAUAUAGUUGCUUAGGGCAGCAAAUUAUUUAGUGAUUUUUGUCUGGGUGGUUGUAGCCUGGAAGAAUGGAUGCUUUCUAUUUUAACCAGGGAAGCUAAAGACCUAGAGCUAGCACUAUAUCAGUCCUAAGAAUGAAAGGCAUCUAUGGGGACCACAAACACUAGGUAAGAUGACAGAUGUACUUUGGCGCGCAACCUCUCAAAUGUAUCAGAUCAUCUGAGUUGGAACAGAGUUUGAGCAAUAAAGCUGUCCCAUAUGGAACACACCCUAACAAACAGAGGCUCUAAUAGUUAUCACAGACUUAAUAGUAUCUGUUUGCCCAUUCAUUUCUGGGUUUAGGGUUUUUUGCUCCUCUUUAGACAGGAAGAUCAGUAGCCUUGAUCUUGGUCAUUAAAGAAUUUUAAAGUCCUGUAUUUUGAAUGUGCGGUGUUAAAUAUACAUUACCUUUGUGGAGAGGGAUGGACAGAACUGUGAGAGAUUUAAAAGGAACGUUCCACUAAAGAUGAUCAAGAAAAGCUUUUUCAGACACCUGUAUAUUUUGUGGUGUUCAGCUUUAUCACAAUUCAUCCAAAUUGGAGAUGAUGUAACUUUAACCUGAAUGUUAUACGUUUUAUUCUCAAAGGAAUUAAAUAUGUUCCCUUUGUAAAUGGAAGAGAAUAUUAUAAAUCUUUUUAUUAAAAAAUGUAAAAAU